AUGAAGCAGCACGGAAAUCACUUUCUGCUUGCAGAUGGACUUGUGGCCUCCGACCCAUGUGGGCUCCGAGUUCCGCCACCUGUCAACAGCCCCAUGACUUAUUCCUACGGUGACGCGGCUUAUGACUACGGCAUGACACGCAUCGUGGGUGGUAUGGGAGCUGCGGUAGCAGAAUGGCCCUGGAUCGUCAGCAUCCAGCACCCCUGGGUACCAGGCCUGGGACAUUGGUGUGGAGGGUCACUCAUCACGGCAGAUUGGGUCCUCACAGCAGCCCACUGCUUCGACAAGUUUGAUAACAUCAGCCUGCUGUACGUGUUGAUUGGGGCCACCCAGUUAAGUCAGCCGGGCCCUGGGGCACAAGUGCGCAGUGUCAAGAAGGUGGUCGUACACGGCAACUACAAGCGUAGUGACUACAGCUACGAUAUUGCCCUGAUGCAAUUGGACCGUCCUGUCCUGUGCAGCUCCUACAUCCAGCUGGCCUGCCUGGCUGACCCCACCCUAAGAGUCUCAGAGCUGCAAAACUGCUGGAUUGCUGGCUGGGGUGCCACUACUGCAAGAAGUCUAGAGUCAGCUGAUCACCUUCAGCAGGCCAAGGUCCAGCUCAUCAAUGUCCAGCUCUGCAACAGCAGUGACUGGUAUGAUGGAGAAGUCCACCCGUACAACUUGUGUGCUGGUUACCCACAGGGUAACAUCGACUCCUGCAAGGUGAAGGCAAGAUGA